AUGAAUUCAAUCCUACAAUGCUUAAUAAACAGUGUUCCGCUUACAAAAUAUUUCCUGACGAGUACAUACCGAACAGAUCUUAAUAGAGAAAAUCCGUUAGGGAUGCAUGGAGAGGUGGCUGAAGAAUUUGCUACAAUUGUACAUGCCUCAUGGUGCGGCGAAUAUCGAUACAUUUCUCCUACUGACUUUAAGUUAACUAUGAGCAAGUUUGCGGAUCGCUUUGCUGGUAAUUCUCAACAUGAUUCGCAAGAACUGCUUAUGAUCUUACUUGAUGGUCUGCAUGAAGAUAUCAAUAGGGUUAAGCAGAAAGAUUAUAUCGAAGAUGACGAUACUAGCCAUUUACCUGAUGAAGAAGCAGCUAAUAUUGCAUGGGACAGACAUAAACGUAGGAAUCAAUCCAUCAUUGUGGAACUUUUUCAGGGACAGUUUAAAUCUACUUUGGUUUGUCUAACCUGCAAUAAAAGAUCCGUUACUUUUCAAGUUUUUAUGAAUCUGUCUGUUCCCUUGCCAUCGCAUAGAUCACAUUGUACAUUAAACGAUUGUUUGGAGCUGUUUAGUAAAGCCGAAAGAGUACAAGGAGACAACAAAUGGUUCUGUUCAAAAUGUAAAUGCUACCGGGAAGCGAUGAAAAAGCUUGAGAUAUGGAAAUUACCUCCUGUAUUACUUAUACAUUUUAAGAGAUUUUCUGGAACUGGAUUAUACUGGCAGAAAGCCGACACAGCAGUUAAUUUCCCGGUCAACGGCCUUACUUUAAAGAAUCAGACAGUAGGACCAAAGCAUCGACACUACAAUUUAUAUGCAGUUUCGAAUCACUAUGGAACCCUAGAAGGAGGACAUUAUACGGCAUUCUGCCAGAAUCCCUACGCCAAAGAGUGGUACAAAUUUGAUGAUCAUAUUGUGAGCCGAAUAUCAAGUAAUGAUGUAAAGACUUCUUCGGCUUAUAUAUUGUUUUAUACAUCGUUAAAUAUCCCACCCCUAAAGCUAAAAAAAUUCUCAUCUUAA